AUGGCUAUCUCCUCUCAAUCGUUGCCUAGACCGCCCAUAGCAAUUGUCGGUAUCGCUGCAGAGUUGCCUGGCGGCAGCUACUCCGCGAAAAAUCUGAGCUAUAAGGAGUUCUCUGACUUCCUCCUGCAUGGUGGCAAGGCAUACGAAGACAUACCACCGAAUCGGUUCAGUGUCGACUCAUGGGCCGGAGAUGGUUUGGGUAGGGUUGUGGCUCGGAAGGGGUCGUUUCUCAAGAAUAUCGCAGAGUUCGACCAUAGCGAGUUUGGCGUAUCGGCGAAGGAUGCGCGUGCGAUGGCGCUGGGCACACGAAAGCUGAUAGAGCUCUCGUUCUUAUCAUUAUUGGAUGCAGGCAUCGCCUAUCGAGGGCGCAACGUCGGGUGCUAUGCGGCGGCGACGGCGCAUGACAUUCUCGGCGUCGCUGAACCGGAUGAGAUGGAGGCGAAGGGAUCGUUCGCAGGCAUACCGUGCAUGGUUGCCAACAAGAUAUCGUAUCAUCUCGAUCUUCGAGGCCCAUCAGUGCCUGUAGAUACAGCCUGUAGCUCGAGUCUGACAGCUUUGCAUCUUGCUGUACAAGCGCUUAGGCUGGGAGAAUGCGAAUCGGCAGUUGUCGCUGCUUGUCAACUCAAUCUCAGGCUGGCAGAUUUCGUGCAAUACAGUCAAGGUUCUGUUCUAGCGCAUGAUGGUGAAUGCAAACCUUUCGACGCCUCUGCAGACGGAUUUGCAAGAGGUGAAGGUGCUGUCGCCAUUGUUCUUAAGCUAUACGAUGAUGCUGUACGCGAUGGCGACUAUAUCUAUGGAAAUAUUCUUGGCACGGGAAUCAACGCAUCUGGAGGGGUUGCACCUGCCUACGCUCCUGUUGGCAACGCACAACUCGACGCCAUGCAGCGCGCGUACCAGGGAAUCGGUCGGUUUCCUACAGAAGUCGACUUCGUCGAGAUGCACGCUACUGGUACUGCUGCCGGGGAUCCCAUCGAGAGCAACUGGACUGGUGAGAACUUUGCAAGAGAUGGUGAACUCCUGGUGGGAAGCGUGAAGGGGAAUAUCGGACACCUUGAGGUGGCUGCUUUUCUCGCUUCACUGUGCAAAGUGUGUUCGGUCUUCGAGACGGGCGUCAUCCCGCCUAACGUCAAUCUCUCUGUACGAAACCCUGCAAUCAAAUGGAACGAUUACAAGCUCAGGGUUCCUGUCGAGCCAACUCCGAUCACGGCACGCUCUCCUUCCGGGAGGCUAUUGGUUUCCAUGGGAAGCUCUGGAAUCGGAGGCGCCAAUGGUCACGCCGUAUUAGAAAGUGUACCAAAGACAGUCAAGUCGAAGGCUCGACAGGGAUCCAAACAGCGACCGGUGCUGUUGCUGGCCGGAGGCCUUUCACCGCGGUCAAGCAACGCUGUCGCGGAUGGCCUCUGGGAGUCCGCAAUUAUGUAUUCCGAUAAGUGGGAUGCGCUGUCCUACAUUUAUGGAAGGCGUGUUCGGCAAAUGACGUGGAGAACUUACACAAUCGCGCGCCCCGGUCACCAACAACCGUCAGUAGCAAGAUUCUCGGCUCCAGUCUUGACACCUCGAAACAAACCACCGUUGGUCUUCCUCUUCUCGGGGCAGGGUCCCCAGCAUAUCAACAUGGGCAAGCAACUCUACGAAAGGUUCCCUGUCUUCCGCAAUACCGUUACCCUAUUGGACAGAUGUCAUCGAGCUAUUACAGGGGCUUCGCUUGUGGAAAAAUAUGGAAUCUUUGCGGAGACGAAACCGUUGCAAGGUCUGCCACCUGUCUGGCCGAUUUCCGUCAUUCUACCUUCCAUAGCCAUGGUCCAGAUCGCACUUUUCGAUCUACUUUGCGACCUCGGCGUACGUCCUGAUAUUGUUGUGGGCCAUUCUGCAGGAGAGACAGCAAUGCUGUAUGCUUCCGGUGCGGCGCCGAAGGAGAUGGCGAUGGAGAUCGCCAUCGCGCGAGGGCAGGCUAUGACCAUUAUUGAACGGGAGCACGGCACCAUGGCAGCACUCGCGUGCACGCCGGCACAGGCUAGCUCCAUCCUCAGAACAGCGCGUCAGAGCAUCCAAAAAGAGGGAGUGCUAGAGAUAGCUUGCUACAACUCGCCGUCUGCCGUUGCCAUCGCUGGGCAUGACUAUCUGGUCGAAAAAGCGAUCAAGCUUGCCAAAGAUCGCGGAUUCCUGGCGCAAAGGAUACAAACCAGAGUCCCUGUCCAUUCGACCCUCAUGGAUAUCUGUCAGGAAGAGUACAGAUCUGCUAUGGCGGAGAUUUAUGCGCGCUAUCCAGGAGAGCACAAGCCAUCCAUCAAAACAUACUCAACGGAAAGCGGAGGCUGUCUCAAUGAUUUCAGCGCCGAAUACUUCUGGCAAAACAGUCGAAACCCUGUUCAAUUCACGCGUGCGAUCAGCGCUAUCCAGCAUGCACAUCCAGAUGCAACUUUCAUGGAAAUCAGUCCUCAUUCAGUGCUCUCGUCAUAUUUACCGGAGCUCGGCGUCCCAGCGGUGUCCAUUGCAUGCCCAAUGCGUCGGUCGAAGAAGUACGAGCAAGAUCAGGAAGAAGCCCAGCUUCUGACCUCUCUUGGGCAAAUCAUUCUAAUGGGCCACAACUCGGUUGACUUCCGAAAACUGACCUCCUAUGCAGCAUUCGAACGAGAUUUUGAGCCUCCACCGUAUCCCUUCAUGAAGAAGAACGUGCCUUAUCUACCUCAAUACUCGCACAUACUUCGAAAGCAGAUGGGUUUCAGAAGGCCGUUAAGUGGAGAGGAUAUGAGAAUCAACAGUUUGACUCAUCCGGACAUCGCUCAGCACGUUAUUAACGGCGAACCAAUUAUGCCAGCUGCCGGUUUCUUGGAAAUGACCCUCGAGGCCGGAGCACGCGUAAUGUGGAACGUGCAAUUCCAUUCAAUGCUGUUUCUAUCUUCUGAAACACCCAACGUGGUCUUGGUUGAGAUUGACCGCAUGCGUUGGUCAGUGAAGUCUCUUCAACCGAGCCCCUAUGGUGGCGCAGGUUCACCGCGGUUGCAUGCUAGUGGUUAUAUGACGGGAGAUAGUGUUUCAAAUACGGAUCAGCUUCCCAUAGAUAUUGUGGCCGUUUGCGCACGCUGUCAGGCGCGCAGUGUCAAAGUAUUUUAUGAAAAUCUAACACAUUUUGCACAAUAUGGAUCUCUCUAUCGCCGUGCCGCUGAGGUUCAUCUUGGAUUCAAGGAAGCCCUCGUGAAAGUUAAAGGUUUAGAUGAAGACCUAUCUGCGAUCCCGGGUUAUAUCAUCCACCCCGCCAUCCUCGAUGCAUGCAUCCAUGUCGUGGUCCAUCCCGAUUUCACUGGGAAUCCCAACAAAGACGUUUACUACCUUCCAUCGAGAGUCGGGCGAUUCAUGUACCAUGGUUCACUGGACAACGGUCGGAUGCUACCGGACUUUUUAUACGCAUAUGCAGUGCUGAAAGAGUGGCUUCCUGGAGAGCUCAUAACUGAUGUCUACAUCAUCGACGUUAAUGGCGAAAGAAUGUGUACUCUGCAAGAUCUUACGGUGGAACGCCAUUAUAACGUCUCGCCUCGAGAAGUGAUGAAGCGUUUUGAUUUGGUAUACCAGCGUUUCCAGAUUCUUCCACGUAGCUUUGAGCAGUCCGACUCGACGGCUCUGCUUUCAAUCGGAGAUCCACGGUGUGGGCAUCUAGUUGAGCGGGAAACAUCCGAAGGGUGGGUUGAGUUCCGACUCGACGACAAUUUGACUGCGACGGAAAUGGUUGAAAACACCGCAUUAAACGAUGCGUUGAGAAUCUGUGAAGCUGGAAUUGAUCAUAUUGUUAAUGUAUCUGGCAAAAAGGUCAUCAAUGUCCUGAUUCUUGACGAGGGCUCUCUCCAUUUCGCUUAUGCCCUGUCCGCGGCGAUCGAGAAAACGUUAGGCACGAGUACGACAAUUAAAUUCUUCGUCGCCAUUGACAGUGCAGAGUCAUCACAAUUGGCAUCAUUACCUCGGUCGUGCAUAGCAACCAAGGUGGACUUCUCAGAAUCGCAUGAUGGUCCAGGACUGCAAGGAGCCUUCUUCGAUAUGAUAGUAUCAUUCCACGCGUUGGUUCCACGAGGGCCGCUCGCCGAAGACUUGCGAUACUUAAAGAGCAUUCUUCUUCCCGGAGGGCUUCUUAUUCUUGCAGAGAAUGUUGAGGACCCGAAGCUUGCAGAACCUUCCAUUCCUGACAGCAACAACCCGCAGCCUCCGUGUCCAGCAAAAACGUCUUCCUCAAGGCACUGGCUAGCUUUGCUGGAAUCCCAUUCAUUUCGUACUGCUGUGCACCCAUGCCACCCGCCAAAUGUGCUCUUGCUAGAAGCACAGUGCCCGACUAUAUCUCCUCCAAGGAUUAUACAGCCUUUAACUGCGCAGGACAUCGUCCUCCUGCCGUACGCUGUCGGAUCAGAGAUGUCUAUCCAGCAAGCUUUGAAGGUCCUCAAUCCGGAGCUGCCUACUAAUAUUUGGUUCAUCGCGCUAGCCGGCAUGCAUGGAGAUGGCGCGAAGGGCUUCACGCGCUCGCUCAGGCGGGAGUUUCCUCUCUGGGACCUGGGUCUAGCCAUAUUCCAAGUGGAGUAUCCGCAGUCUGAGGCAGAACAGAUCGUUCGCUACUACUCCAGCGUACCUGGCAUGGAGAGGGAGAUUUUCAUCGAUGACAAGCUCGAGGUCUGGAACCCUCGAUUCUGCGAGAGUAAUGUGCCUACCGGUACGAACAGUACUCUCGUUCUAGCCAUGGGUCAGAGCGAUGUACCGCCAUUCCAUGCGAGCAUCACUGUAUUAGGUGCGUCGACAUCCGACGCCGGAUGUUACGGUAUUGUCGGCCGUGUUGAUCGCCUCGGGAUGGAUGUGGACCCUGAACACUUGAACGCUACUGUGGCAACUGUCAUUUCCGAAAAGCCCACCGGUCACGUCGUGGUCCAUGCAGGCGCUUUAUCUGUUAUUCCCAACAAUGCAGACCCAUCUUCCGUCGCUAGAAUGCUUCCGGCAUUCUUAUUAGUGAGUGCCGCUCUCGGAAUUGGUUUCCUACAGAAUACGAAGAGAGUGCGGAAAGGUCGAGUAAUUGUCACUCAUAGCGACUCGUCCAUCGGACAGUCCUUGCUCUGGCUCCUAGAAACAUUCGGUAUCACGCCACUUGCUAUGCGCACAUCUGCCACUCCUCUGGACUUCAUAUCUCUCCACCCUCGUAUAGACGAUGUCGUCCUUUCUGGGUAUGAACAGGAAAGUCAAGUGCUUGACGAGUUUGUCGCCACAGGCGCAUCUGUACUCUUCUGGCGAACGUGCCUCAAAGUGGCCCACAUCCUCGCUGCUGAUCCUUGGGCCAUCGGGGAUACAUUGCGCACGGCUUCGCUGCGAGUGCAACAAAGCUCAUGUCCAUCUCCCUUUCCGUGUCAAUCGCAGGAAAAGGCUGACGAAGUUCUGCAACUCACGAGUUCUUCUCCGUGGCUGUUCAGACCCGAUGAGACAUACCUGUUGAUCGGCGGCAUAGGGAGCCUUGGCAUGCAUAUCGCUCUGUGGAUGUACGAAAAAGGCGCCAGGCAUAUUACGAUGACGUCUCGGUCCGGACGAAGAUCCAUAGAGCAGGCAAAUGACACUCUUGCGCUUUAUAUGCUGGAAUAUCUGGACACACGACCAGACCUAUCGUUGCGGCUUGAAGCGUCUGACGCUGCCUCCGCUGCAUCGCUCAAGUGCCUGCUGGCUAGCCUUUCCCGCCCCGUUGCGGGAUGCAUGUUUAUGCCUGUCGUCCUCUCAGAUCGCACUUUCAUGUCACAAGAUGCUGAGAGCUUCGACACGGUCUUCAACUCUAAGAUGAAAGCCUUUGAAACGCUGGAAUCAAGUCUGGACGUACCCAAGCUUGACUUCCUGAUAAUAUUCUCUUCCAUUACAACCUUCGGUAAUGCGGGGCAGACUAAUUAUGCAAGUGUCAACACCAUAUUAGACGGAAAAGCGGCAAAGCACCACAACGCAUUUUCCAUUGUCGUGCCCACCAUCAAAGAUUCGGUGGCAGUGAAAGGGCGGGAGUUCCAGCUCCAGCACUUACUGCAAUGGGGCUAUUCUGGAAGAGAACUCUGCGACUGCUUGGAAGAUGGGAUUCGCAAGCUGGCUGACGGACCCUUCAACCUCUACGUUCCUGACUUGGACUGGGAUCUCGUCCACGAACAUCUCGGGUCCUCCCCUUUGUAUGAUCAUCUUGUUAAGCAACAAUCCACAUUCGAUACGAACGUCUCAAUCAAUGACAUGCAAGAGCAAUUGCGGAGCGUUGUCCUGCAGCAUCUUGACGUUGAUCCCAAGGAGUUCUCUGCCGACGUACCGUUCACCGCAUACGGUCUCGACUCCCUAUCAGCUGGGCGACUGUCUCUGGCUCUUCGGCCUUUCGUGAGACUAUCUCAGUUGCAAUUGCUCGGCGACCUCAGUUUGGCAGGUGUGCAAAACUUUGUCAAGCAGGCCAGCAAGGAUAAUAUCCCGAUCGACACUGUUCCUCAGCACGAGCUGUUCCAAUGGGAUGAAGUCAACAGAGCAGGACAGCCGUUGGUGAAACUUGUCGACCGUCCGGACGAUAUUCCAUUGAUUCUUGUUCACGGGGCAAGCGGCAGCAUCAUCGCUUUCAUGACUCUCCAGGAGAAGUUCACGACUUCAUUGUGGGCUCUGCAGACGACGCCGGAGACCCCUACAGAGUCGAUCGAAGCCAUGUCGCGGUACUACUUCGCUGCCAUCAAGGCUGCACGGCCUAAUGGACCGUAUCGUAUCGGUGCAUAUUCGGGAACCUCGAUCAUCGCACUUAUGCUGGCACGUAUGCUGGAAUCCAACGGAGAUGAGGUGAUUCAGCUCUGCGUAAUCGACCACUUUACGUUGCUGUUCGCGUCUCCGUACAUGGAACCAGACGAGGAGACAAUCCAGUUGCACUCUCCCGGACCGGCCAUGAUACGGCACGCGCUUGAUAGGAUGCUCACGUUGUACAGAGCUGAGGCGACGCCCACUCGCCCGCAGAUUGCUCAGUGGUAUGAAGAUGCCCUCAACGGCCUCGACGUGCCCGACUUCGCCCGCGACUGGCUAUCUGCCUUCCAGAAAAUUGUAAUUGGAACCUAUGAGUUCAUGUUCCAGCUGCUACCUCGAGAUCGACCGUAUUCUCUGGAGGCUUUGCGGCAAGCUCUGAUUGACUGGAUGAGGGGCAUACGAGCUCCGGUGAUUGCAUACUUUGCCACCAAAGGAGUGCUAGCGAGCAUCCCAGAUGCAAGCAGAGAAGAGUGGGGAGAUUGUGGUGUCCACCUAGCAUUCCCAGAUGCGAAGAUCUUUACGUCAGAAAACACGCACUUCACGAUCCUCGAAUCGGAAGAGCUUGUGCAUUUACUGGUGACAGAGUGGUCCCCUGUAGAGUAG